CUUGUCUUUGACACGGUAGAAGACGUUCGUUUGUUUAUGCGUUUCCCGGAAGUUAAAUGGGGAAAAUAAGUUAAAGAGUGGUGUACAGAUCAAUCUUUUUGUGUAAAUCUGCAAGUCAGUACCAGAUACAGAUUGUACACAAGAUGGAGAAUGGGAUCAGAGAGCAGUUCUAAGAAAACAGUUGCUGUAGAUGAACAAAGCCAACUUGUGAAUGAGAAACAAAUAGCAUGUCGUCCCGAAGGAAUCCUGUAAGAACAAAGUCCGUAAUCGAGGGCGAACAUUUCGAUACUCUACUGGUAAACCACCCGGAGUUGAAGCGUAUUCUGAGGAAAUAUGACAAAGUCAUGACCAAGCUUACUCAGAUGGAUAUUACAAAUAAAGGUAUUUCAGAAGAAUCGUAUCCAGAUAUAUACAAGCUUCUUGACAAGGAUAUUGACGACCCUUUUCACGAUAAUGGUGGACUGGAGCAAAGGUUGUUGAUGGGAAAUUAUCUUGCCAAAAAGGGAUUUGUGCCUCAAUUAGUGGAUAUUUAUCAAGCAGUAUGGUCUAACCACGAUCCUGAUUUUUUCGAUAAUGAGCUAGAGGAGGACGAGGCUGGUUCCGAUUUUCUUAGACUUCUGUCCCUUAUACGGACGAUUCUGUGGAAUUACGCCGACGGGAGUCCCAGCUUUGCUGAAUCGAUCGUCGAGGACACCCAGUUCUUUCAGUACCUUGCAGAGGAUUUGACAGCUGUGCAAGGCGAUUUGGAAGGCCUUGACGAUGAAAUUACUAAUGAAAACCAAUUUCCUUUUAAUUCCACUCUUGGAAUCUUGAACAAUUGUGCAAGAAAUUCAUCUUCAAAGGAUGUCUACACAGUUACGCGUCUUCGAAAGAAAGGUGGAACAAACAAAGGGGAAAUAAAUAUGGUUGAAGUCCUCGAAGAUCUGCUGAAAACAGAUAUUACGUAUGUGAAGCUUGUUGUUCUUUUGGCGUUGUCUUACAUGGUAAAUGAAGAGGAAAACAAAAGAAUAUCAGCAGAUGGCACCUUAUUUGACUUCCUUUUGAAAAUGGUAAAAACAGCUGAAAAGGCAAAAAAUCGUAGUCAAUGGGGUUUUUCAAUUCAUGAACUCAUUAAUGGUUUGGCCAAGUUGGCAGAAAAUGACGAUAACAGAACAACAAUUAUGAAAAAAGGUGCAUUUGAUAUUCUAAAAAGACUUCUGAAAAAAGAAAACCAGGCUGAACAAAUUGCCGUAGUCAACGCCAUUAGGGAAUUGUCUUUGGCACCGAAAAAUAAAGUACUCUUUAAGGAAGACAAAGAAGUUUGGAAAACGCUAAAAGAACUUAGAAAUAGUGAUAAUAAAGAACUAUCAAAGGCGGCACAAGGAGCUUAUUUUGUUAUUAACGAAGGAAAAGAUAAGGAAAAUGCAAAGAAAACACCAGAAAGGGCCGAACAAGAGGCACAUGAUACGGGACAUAUAAUGCUCAGUUAUAACUGGGGAGAUCAGAAAACAGUUUUAAAGAUAAGAGAUCGUCUACGGGAAAAAGGACUGACCGUAUGGAUGGAUGUAGACAACAUGGAGGGGUCAAUUUUAGAGGCCAUGGCACGGGCUGUAGAAGAAUCCAGAAUCGUCCUGGUUUGUUAUUCCGAAAAAUACAAAGAAAGUCAGAAUUGUAAAACAGAGGCGGAGUAUGCCUACUCUCAGAAGAAAGAAGUGGUUCCUCUGCUGAUGCAGAGGGGCUACAAAGCUACUGGGUGGUUAGGAGCCAUAAUUGGGGCAAAACUGUUCUACGAUUUUAGCGGAAAAUACGAUUUCGAUAAGAAAUUUACUGAACUGUAUUCAUCACUGGCUGGCAAAUUUGCUCCAGGGAAAACUUAGGGCUCAAUUCAUGGGGAUGUUGUUGCCAGGCCGUUGGUUUCGAGAUUUGCGACAAUUAAGUCUGGACACGACACAGUCCGGACUUUCAGCUACCCUUUUCGUUAGAUAUAACUUACUUUUGCUUAUAUAUUUUGGUGGGACUUUCUACUCCGAACCUAUCAUGCCAACCUGAAUGUACGGAUUGCUCUAGUUUUCCUAUAAUUUUCUCUCAAAUAUCAAAACCCCAUAGGAGAAUGGUGGGAUUUUUCAUCCCAUCUAUGAUCCCAUCAAAAUCCCAUGGGAGAAAAAAUUACUGUGGGAUAAAUUGGGAGAAAAAAUCCCACCAUUGUUAAAAGAUGGGAUUAAUUCUCCAAUAUAGGACAAAAACUCCCACAGAAUAAAGAAGAUGGGAUAUAUCCCAUGAUUUUUCACAUAGGAUAAAUUUUCACAUAUAUUACAGAAUUUUUCCUUAUGAUUUCACAUAAUAAAUCAUUUUCUUUUGUUUCUUGAACUAAAUUUUUACAUUACAUUAAACCAUGUCUCAUAGUCAUUGAUUAGACCAACAACUGUAUAACUAUUUAAUGUUUUCAUUUGACAUUAAUUUUUUAGAUAUGUGAGAAUUUAUUGUAUUGAUUUCCCAAAAUUCUAUUGGUACAUGUUUGCUCUAAAAUGCAGAUUGUAAUCCUCAAUAAAUAAAGUUUUUAUUUGAU